GUCCCAUCAAGUGUUCCUACUUCUAGCACUGUAAGACCUCCAGGAAGUCAGCCCACUGUGAUCUGUGGGAGCUCCAGCAUGAGGGUGCUUCUGCCAAAUGGGUCUCCUGACUGGGUCAACAUAAUAAAUAAGACCAGGGAUAAGGCCAAGGUGGUGUCUCAACCAAGGAGCUGUGGCUACGUAUUGGAAAGAGGUUACAACUAUCUUUCAUUCACUACGUCGUAUCAAGCUUGUGAUGUUAAAAUUUUGGGUGGUUUUUAUGUGCUCACUGUAAUUUAUGCACCAGAAGUUGGUCCUGAACUGGUAGUGAAUAUGAAAUGCCCAACUGCUUCUGGAGAUAUUAGCGUCACCACCCUUCCUCCACUAACUUCCCAGAAGCCCUCCACUAUUCCUCAAUCCCCUACGGUUUUCUGUGAAGCAGCCGGCAUGAUGCUGGUAUUGCCUGGUUUGCACUAUGAAAUUCAAAUACUCGACCAGGCCAAUGAGAGAGAACCUGUGAAUUCUGCAUCCCGUGUAUGUGGGUACAUAGUGACAAAACGUGAUGGAAAUGUAAUUUUUUCAGCUCUUUACGAUGCAUGUGAUGUCCACAUUCAGCAUUACCAUUAUGCACUGACAGUGCUAUAUAAACCAUCUGGUAAACCAUGGAAGUCUGUAACUAUGAGAUGUCCAGUCAAGGUGCCAACAACUGCUCCACCUACAAAGCCUACUGCACUAAGCUCUGUAACUUGCAGGGCUAAAAACAUGAUGGCAAUGCUACCAGAUGGGCCUACAGACCAAGUCAAAGUAAUUGACUCAUUUGGUAAAGCAGUAGCUGUGAGUGGAGCUUCUUCAGAGUGUGGUUAUGGGCUGACGAAAGUCAAAGGGAAGAUACUGUUGACUGUUCCAUAUAAUGCAUGCAAUGUUUAUGUGGAGGCUGGGGAUUAUGUCCUCGUGGUGCGUUACCAACCUAUUGGAGGCAUGCAGAUGUCCAUGACCCUCCGAUGUCCUGUUGGUGAUCAGAUAAAAACUACCUCCCAGGGUCCCACCACUGCAACAAUUACCACCUUUCUCCAUUCAACUAAAAAUACUACUACGUACCAUUCUGAACCCACUUCCAUGCCCACUGCUGGUCCUUCUCCUCCAAAUGUAGUGUGCAGGCAAAACAGCAUGAUGGUAAUUCUGCCAAAAGCCUUGCCAGAUAGUGUCAGAGUAAUUGAUCAAUUUAUGCAGGAAGUGACUGUGAUAACGGCUCCAGUGAGCUGUGGGCACCAGGUUGUGAUUGGUUAUCAACAGGUUGUAUUUAUUACUCCCUAUACAGCUUGCGAUGUCCGCAUUAUGGGUGGCUACUAUGUUCUGGCUGUACGCUACAAAACUAAAAAUGGGCAGCAAAUGAACGUGUCUAUGAAGUGUUCCACUACUUCUGGAGAUGUGAGGUUUACUACAACAGUUGCUCCUACCAGUGUAAUAAAAAGUACGCCCAGAGCACCAAGUGUUCUUUGUAACGCCUCCACAAUGAGUGUGCUGCUUGAUGGAUCUUCAAGAGAGGUCUUUGUUCUAGAUAACCUGAAUGAAGCCAUGCCCAUUAACCAGUUUCCUUCAAGGUGCGGAUAUGUGCUCACAGGAAAACCUGGUGGUUUCCUCCUGACUGCACAAUACACAUCUUGUGAUGUCAGAAUCGAGAAUCAAUUCUACAUCCUUAAUGUGCUGUAUACACCUACUGGUGGAGCUGAAACAUCUGUGACUAUGCAAUGCCCAGUCAUUCAACCACCAACAACCAAGUCAACCACCACAGCCAUGCCAGUGACCCCCAGUGACCCUUUAGUGAUUUGCCAAGGAUUCAGCAUGGAAACAAUAUUGCCUGCUGGGCUGCUUAGUCAGGUUAAAAUAACAGAUUUCUUCAGUCAAGGAAUGGCUGUAAACCAGGCUCCAAAAGAAUGUGGCUAUGCACUCCGAAAACAAGGAGAAAAAAUCAUUUUCAGCACUCCAUACAAUGCUUGUGAUGUGUAUGUUCAGUAUAAUAGGUACAUCUUGACUGUGCUGUACCAACCUUAUGGACAUCCCCAGAAGUCUGUGACCAUGAGCUGUCCAGUUGUUGAGCCAACGCAACCCACCAGUGCUGCUACCACCAUCACAAAGCCUACAACUUCCAUUCCUCUACCCAAAGCCCUGUGCAGAAGGUCUAGCAUGAUGGUGGUUCUGCCGGGUGUUGCUCCAGAAAAUGUUAAAAUAAUAGAUAAGCUUCACCAUGAGGUGCCGGUCAUCACUCUACCCAGAAGCUGUGGCUACACACUUGUUAAACAAUACAAGCAACAGGCCUUUGCCUCCCUAUACACGGCAUGUGAUGUCAAAGUAAAGGGUGGCGCUUAUGUUCUUAUGGUCGUCUAUACAACUCCAAGUGGUGUGAAAAUGAAGGUUCCUAUGAAGUGUCCUACCACUGGAUCCCUUUUUCCAACUACACUAGCUCCAAAAACAAGCAGCAUUUGGACCACACCUAGUGCUCCUAUUCUGGUCUGCAAAGCUUCAAACAUGAUGGUGUUGCUUCCGAUGGGCUCCAUAAAUGAUGUCAAAGUAAUAGAUCAAAAGAACGAGGCAUUGCCUGUGGUUCAGGCUCCAAGAAAGUGUGGAUAUGUACUCGAGAAAAGGUCAAUCAAUCUUGCCUUUUCGGCCCUUUAUACUGCCUGUGACAUGAAAAUCUUGAGAAAUCAUUACGUUCUGCAUGUACUGUACACACCUUCUGGUGGUAUGGAGAUGUCUAUGACAAUGAGAUGCCCAAUCAAAGUGCCUACAACUACAAAGGUGCCAUCUACUACCAGUACACUUACCACAAAGGCUUUUACUCCUACUGUAAUCUGUCGCAGUUCUAGUAUGAUGGUCACUUUGCCUGAUGGCUCUCCACAGUCUGUCAGUGUCUUAGAUGUUCUUGGUGAGCAAGUGGCUGUGACCCAACAGCCUUCAAGCUGUGGAUAUACACUGGUAAAAAAACAAGAAAACCUGCAGUUCACUGCCCUUUAUCAAGCUUGUGAUUUGCAGAUCAUAGGUGGCUCCUAUAUACUUCUCCUAAUAUACCAGCCUCAAAGUGGGCCACAAAUAGUUGUCCGGAUGGAAUGCCCAGUUACUUCUGGGGACCCAAGGCUGACUACAGCUGUUCGUGCUACUAUCACAACCAGCACCAUAAUACUGCCCACCUCUGCAACACCUACUGUGAUUUGCAACUCUACCAACAUGACAGCAAUGCUACCAUAUGGCUCUCUUGAUGCUGUUGAGAUAAUAGAUCUUGCUCAUGAGGUGGUUCCUGUAACCCUGACUUCACAAUGGUGUGGAUACACACUAGAAAGAAAGCAUGGAUAUCUAUCAUUUGUUGUUCAGCACACUGCAUGUGAUGUCCGUAUCGUGAACAAUAAUUAUAUAUUGAUGGUGCUAUACAAACCAACUGGACGGUCUAUGAGGUCUCUGACAAUGAGUUGCCCCGUUGGCAUCCAGCCGACUAUGACCACUACCCUCUCCAAGCCUUAUACCCCAAGCCCUCCAGUGACUUGUGGUAAUUCUAGUAUGAGUGUGGCAUUGCCUGAUGGACCUCUAGAUCAGGUGAAAAUAGUAUCUUUCAAUGAAACCGUUGCUGUAUACGAGGCCCUUUCAAAGUGUGGCUACAUUUUAAGGAGAGUGGGGAGAAAGAUGGUCUUGAAAGUACCCUAUGACGCAUGUGAUGUUUAUACAUGGCGCAAUAACUAUGUUGUGAUGGUGCUAUAUAUGCCUGCUGGCGGGGUUCAGAACCACGUAACCAUGAGAUGUCCAAUAAUUAAGCCAUCACCACAGACUACCACCAUGUCGACAAGGAUAACCACACGUAGUCCCUCAAGUGCUGUGAUUUGCAGAGGCUCAAAUAUGACUACUGACUUACCUGAUGGUGCUUUGGAAGAAGUUUAUGUAAUUGAUAAACAUUACAAAGAAGUUUCAGUAAUUACUCUUCCAAAAAGCUGUGGCUACACACUAGUGAAAAGAAAUCAUCAACUGUCCUUCACUGCACUAUACAAAUCUUGUGAUGUUAGAAUAUCUGGUGGCUUCUUUUUGAUUAGUGUCAUUUACAAGCCUAGAAGAGGGUCACAAAUGGUUGUACAAAUGAAGUGCCCAGCAAGUGGAGGUGAUUUGACACAAGCUACCACAACAGCAGCAAUUGCCACCAAGUCCUUGCCUCCCCCUCCUCCUAUAACGUGUAAAUCUUCAAGCAUGAUGGUUGAACUUCCUGUUAAAUCACUCGAGGAUAUUCUGUUAAUUGGUGAUUCUGAAGAUACUGCUGUUCUACAAGCCCCAGUAGCUUGUGGCUAUUUGCUGACUGAAGCUUUUGGCCAUGUGACCCUUUCCACUCCUUACAAUGGCUGUCAUGUUAGUCUUCAGGAUAACCAUUAUAUUCUGGAAGUCCUCUACAAACAUAGUGGUGAGAUGUGGAUGUCUGUGACAAUGCGCUGUCCUGCUCGAGAUCUUCCAGUAACAGUGACAGCUGCAUCAGUCUCUCCUCCUAAAGUGGUCUGUAGAUCAUCCAGUAUGAGGGUCUUAUUGCCUAUUGGAUAUGCAAAAGAUGUUCACAUUCUUGAUAGGAACUUGCAGAAAGUGCCAGCCAUUGCUGCUCCUGAACACUGUGGCUAUGCUGUGCAGAAGGGUCCCAACUAUGUCUCCUUUAGUGCACUCUACACUGCCUGUGAUGUGUCCAUUGUGCACCACCAUUACGUACUGACUGUCUACUACAAGACUGCUAGAGGAGUCUCCAUGGUAGUGGAUAUGAAAUGUCCCCUUCUCUUUACACCAAGCACACCGGUUACUGUAAAGCAUGGGAUUCCUCCAGUAAUGUGCCACAAGUCUGCAAUGAGUGUAAGGCUGCCUACUGCCUCUGUGCAACUUGUGAAGAUCCUAGACAAAGUAGGUAAAGAAGUAAAGGCAGUCAACCUGGCAAAUAAAUGUGGCUAUCGUCUAGUCAAAGAGGAGAGGGAUGUCUAUUUCAGCAUCCCUUAUGCAGCCUGUGAUGUCAAGAUAUUGGAUCACCAUUAUGUGCUAACUGUGAUCUACACUUCCUUUGCUGGGCACAGAAAAGUGAUGCGAUUGAGGUGUCCUGUUCCUGCACCCUCUCCAAUUGAAGCUGGAGUGUCUUGUUUGGAGGACUGCAUGUCCAUCGAGCUGCCAUUGGGUCCUCUUAAUGAAGUUAAAGUAGUUGAUUCCUUUUACAGCUUGGUAGUAGUGGUUAGCCAAGCUCCCAAAUCUUGUGGGUAUAGCCUGGUGGAGGAAGCUACAAAGCUCAUCUUUACUGCUGCUUAUAAAGGGUGUCAUGUCAAGACUGUGGGCAAACAUUAUGAGCUAACGAUUGUUCAUCUGACCAGUACUGGAGAAAAGCUGCAAAAGCACAUGAUGUGCCCUGUACAGAGGAUUGUGGCUCAUCAAGGCUGCAACCUACCAAGGAAUAAACAAGUGACCUGUGGUGGUCCUGGUGCUAAACCUCAAUCCUGCUUGGCUCAUGGAUGCUGUGUGGAUGAAGAAACAUUGCACUGCUAUUACCCCAUGGACACAUGCACAGCAGACGGUCACUUUGUCUUUGCGGUUUACCGCACUGCUAAUAAACCUGAAGUGGACCCAGCAACGUUGGUGGUUUCGGGCAACAAGUCUUGUCUCCCUGUGAUCUGCACUCCAGAAUUUGCCAUCUUUAAAUUCCCAGUGGCCGGCUGUGGCACUUACAUCUUUGUCAUUGCUGAAACUACAAUUUAUGUGGCUGAAGUGCAAAGCCUAAUCAGACGCAAGCUGCAAAUGUUUGGGCAGAUUACAAGAGACAGUCCAUUUCGUCUUCAGGUGGAAUGUCGCUACUCCAAAGGAAGUCUGACUAGCACUGGCUACUUGGUGAUGAAUGUGUCUCCUCCUCCUGCUUCCAUUUCCUCUGGGCAACUUGGAGUUUCUUUAAGAAUUGCCAAAGAUGAAAGCUACACUUCAUUUUACCCAUAUUCCCAGGUACCUGUUAUCUUAUUGUUGGGUAAGGAAGUCUACCUGGAACUCCAACUUGUAAACCCACCUGAACCUAAUGUGGUGUUGCUGGUACAUUACUGCAUUGCUUAUCCUCGUCGUUCAAUGAAUACCUGGGUACUCAUCUAUGAAGGGUGUCCAAAUAAAGAAUCUGCUGUCAAUCUGAUUCUGGAUGAUAUUGAGGGGCAUCCCUUGCCAAAAUAUCUCCGGCGCUUUGACCUCCACACAUUUCAGUUUCUGGACCCAAAGAGUCGGGAACAUCUGGAUGAAGAGGUUUACUUCAUGUGCUCAACUGAAGUUUGCUCACCCUCCUCUCAAGUUUGCAAUGAAGGAUGCUUUGAUGGAAGAAUAAUGGCAACCCCUGCUUCUGAUGCUUUUGAUGGACACUGUUCAGGAAAGUUUUGUCCCAAACAUGCGAUCAUUGCCAAGAGAGCCAUUGAAGGGUCUAAAGCUGUCAAUGCGAUGUUCAGCUCCAACAAUGUUCCUGCCCAAGCUCCUGGUAAUCUAUUGGCCAAAUUGAUCCUUCCACUGGUCUUGGGACUCCUUUGCCUGAUUACUGCUUCAGCAUUGUUAAUUUUCAGGAAUCUACACCACCUUUGCAGACAUUAA